UUGUUCACUGUUUCACACCUAUACAUACAAACAACACAAUCUAUACAUAUACAAGCCCCUUCGUUGUUACUGCAUUGCUUAUCUGGUUUUUAACCAUUUGCCGGCGUUUUUUACCUCUCCAAUUUUGCCGGAGAAAAUCGGGCUAGGUUUCUCGUUUCUGCGUUUUGUUAAUUGAUUAAGGGCACGCUUGAUUGGCCAGAUAGGGUGAGAUGAGAUAGGGCUUUUUUAUUGGGUUUUGCAUGAUAUGUCAGAUAGGCCUUAUCUCAGUAAGCUGUUUGAUAGCCCUAAUGUAGUUUCCCUAAAAUGAGUAUAUUCAAGAACUCGCCCAAAUUGUGGUUCUCGCGCCUCUCAAUUUUACUCGUUCGCUGCGAAGGAGGCAGUGAUUUGCAGGCAAAUCCCAUCUUCACUCGGCCUAAAUUUCAACACGACAGAUUUUGAGUGUUAUGGCAUCUCAACACAAUGACGGUAGCGAGAACGAAGGAAGUCCAGAGGGUAGCAACGACUUCUAUCCGAAUAGGAACUCAAAAGCUGACAGGUCUAGACGCAUAUGGCCGGUCCGUGAAGAAGAGAUCCUAAUGGCAACGCUGAAGGAGUUGGCAGCUAAUGGAUGGAAAUCCGACAACGGCUUUCGCUCUGGUUACCUCGUACGCGCGAGGGAGGCGAUAAAGCGUGAAUUUCCAAAUACCGAUAUCCUGCCACACCCGCACAUCUACUCGAAAAUAACUACUUGGAAAAGGAAUUAUGGAUCACUAAAGAUGAUGCUAAACCACAGCGGCAUUGGCUUCAAUUCGGAUGGUACAUACCGAAUUGAAGCCGAUGAUGAGCAGUGGGCACUAUUUUGCAAGAAAGAUGGACAAGCGAAGUACAUGGGGAACAAAUCAUGGCCUCAAUAUGAAGACUGGAAUGAGGUAUUUGGUCAGGACCGUGCCGAUGGUGAACGUGGUAUAGACGUCCCUGCUGCUGCGGGUACAAUAUACGGGCACAAAAAUGAAGUUCCAGUUGAUGAGGCCAUAUCCCCCCACAUGACCUUUGCAGAGCUAUUUCCUGAUGAGCCACUCCCGGACGGGAUCCUUCCAGACAUGAUAGACGACAGCCAAUCUGUAACAGAGGGUGGAGUGCCUGGAUCUGCUGCUGGUGUUGAUGUCGGGCUAGGUUCGGGAGCCGGGGUGCGUCAAGCACCUGCGGGGGGGGGGGGGGGCUGCAUCUGGCUCUGGGUCAGGGCCAGGCCAAAAAUUUACUAAGAAGGUGAUGAAGAAGCGAAAAGUCGAAGACAAGAUGGACGGCGUGCUAACUCUCAUGGGACAGAUUCACAGCGACACAAAUGAUCGCUUGAACGAGAUUUCGAAGAGGAUAGGAUAAGAGUUCGAUCUAAGCAACAAGAGGGCUGAGGUCUUUGAGCAAUUGAAAGGUAUUCCAGACUUAUCUCUUAAGCUACAAUUCUAUGUGAGUAAGAAGCUUGUUAAAGAACCCGAGCUACUUGACCUGUUUCGGGGGUUGCCGGAAACUGCUUGUGCAGCGUUUGUGUUCGAUCUAUUAGAAACAGACAACAUGUUGCACAGCUGAUCUCGCUGACGAAAUGGUCGCUGAUGUUUUUUGGUUUUGUGGUGCAACAGUUGGUCGUUUAGUUUUGAUAAUAGUAGGGACUCUUUUGGAACCUGUUGUGUUGAUGGAUUUGUCAAACUUUGCCAACUAGUACUAUGGCCCUGUUUUUGUAUGCAUCAUGGUUAUUAGGGUGUAUACCUGAACAUGACACUUUGUUAUUCAUAAUUUUUAAUGUCAGAUUAUUUGUUUUUGGA